AUGAAUGAGGCCAAAGUUGGUCUGGAAAGCGUCCCGUCUGUCGCUUCGACGCCUUCGACGGAUUCGAUUCCUUGGCAAAAGGAAGCCAUAUACCCAGAAGCAUCACAAUCUUCGAGCGACCGAAACACUGUUGACGUCCCCGCCGACAUCUCUUUCGCCCUCCUCCAGAAAGGUUUCGAUAUCGACCGCCAAGGCGUCGUUCGCUGGAGGCAAGACAGCAUUACCAGCAUCCACCCGCGAAGAUGGUCCCUCCUACGCAAAUCCUACGACUCAGCAGUCAUCUGCUUCAUGGAGUUCAUCAUGACCCUCAUCAGCAACACGGGCUCAUCCAUCGCACCGUACGCAAUGGAAGACCUGGGCAUCAGUAGGGAGCUGGCUCUCUUCUACUUCACGACCCUCUACCUUCUCGGCCAAGCCAUCGGGGGCCUUAUACUUCCACCAGUAGCGGAGUCCUUUGGUGGCAGAUCGAUCUAUCUGACUUCAACGAUUGCCUACAGCGCUUGCUGUGUUAUCCUUGGCGCUUGUCCGACGGUACCUGUGGUUAUUGUGAUGAGGUUUGCGUCCGGGUUCUUGUCGGCUAUGCCGGCUGUUGUGGCUUGUGGGAGUAUUGAGAAUAUGUGGGAUACCAAAGCUCGGAUAUGGCUUGUCCAUGUCUGGAUCUCGUCUGCUGUGGCUGGUCUGGCGUGUGCACCUACUAUCGCCACUGUUAUCAGCGAGUCUCAUCUGCGAUGGCCAUGGCUCUUCUACAUUGCCGCCAUCGUCACAGCAGCCAUCGCCCUCAUGUGCUGCUGGAUGACUGAGUCUCGUCCAUCGCAGCUUCUGAAGAAGGAAGUCAAAGACGUCGCCCGCAACAACAGCUUCAGCGGCCUCUCCCUCGACGACGCCGACUCAACGCCAGAUCUCAAAACAUUUGUCCGAGUCCAUCUCGCCCUCCCAAUCCGCCUCUUCCUCACCGAACCCAUCGUCUUCCUAACCUCCAUAAUGGGCGCCACCGUCUACGGCAUAAUCUACCUCUUCACGCCGGCCCUCCCCGUAAUCUACACCUCGCCACCCUACACCUUCACACCGCUCCAAACCUCCCUCGUCUCCCUCGCCCUCGCCCUCGGCAUCCCCCUAACCUUCCUCCCACGAAUCUACGACAUCCUCCUCCUCCGCCGCAAAGCGCCCUCAACCAUCGAGCCCGAAGACAAACUCUUCGGCUUCUACGUCGCCGCCCCGGUCCUCGCGGUGGGGUUGUGGAUCUUCUCCACCACCAUCCCCCCUCUCACCUCUCACCUCACGCCCUGGAUCUCCAUCGCGGCCCUCACGCUCAUCGGCUUCGCCGUCGUCGAGUUCGAUAACGUCCUUUCGGGCUACCUCACCGAUACGUACACCUCGUACGCGGCGUCGGCGAUCAGUCCGAUGAGUUUUUUGCGGGCGGUGCUGAGUGGUGUGUUUCCGCUGUUUGGGGAGAGGAUGUUUAGGGGGUUGGGAGGGGGUUAUGCGGGGAUGGUGCUGGCGGGGUGUGCCACGGGUUUCUGUGUGGUGGCGGCGGGGUUUUGGCGGUGGGGGAGGGGGGUGAGAGGGAGAAGUCGGAUGGCGAGUGAUGGUUGUGGUUCGUGA